GAGAAGAAGGUAACAGAGACAAAAAAAUGGGUAGAAAUGACUCGUAAAGAAAUCUUGGAAGAGAAGAAGAUUAGUGGCCCUGGAAUAAAAUUCGAUUUUGAUUUAAUUCCACAAGAAAAAGCCAUGGUUAAGGAUUCAGUUUUAGACACUUGCAGUUCUUUGGAAUUUACUGUUAAUCUGAUAAAAAAAAUGCAAGGAAAUAAGCCAAGGCAGUGA